CUUCCUUUAUACAUUAAACUUAUGUCUCGUUUCGAUGAACUACCAAGAGAGAUUAUAUCCUUAAUUUGCACAUUACUUAAACAACCUGAAAAAUACAACUGUAUCUUUGUAAAUAAAGAAUUUCACGAUGCAGCUAUACCCGAACUAUGGAGAGAACCUAUUCUCCCAACCACAACUGUUCUUAAAAAACUGAUACGAUGCUUAAAAAUAUCACGAUACCAAAGAGGAGAAUGCAUUCGCACUAUUAAACUAGGCUAUAAAGUAAGCCUAAAUGACGAUGAGUUAUUGGCCCUGAUACAAUUGGUACCCAACUUGGAAGUACUUGAAUUACGCAAAGCAGAUGAACUGACUGAUAAAAGCAUUAAACACGUAUCUCGCUAUUGCGCUCAACUUAAAUCGUUUGGUGUCACAAAUGCUUUGAUUACAUAUCGUUCAGCACAUUAUUUAGGUUUAUGUCAGCAUUUGAAAAAACUAACACUGGCUUCGUGUCCUAAUCUGUCGUCCAUGGCGUUAUUACCGUUCGUUUCGCACAAGAUUGAAUAUUUGGACUUGUCAGGAUGUAAAUGGCUUAAUGUGACAGACACAGCGUAUGAUCUUGCUUCUUUUCAGUACUUGACGCAUUUGAAUUUGGUAUGUUGUGAUGUGAUCAAUACAGAUUUUAUACACCACAUCACAGAACAUCCUUGUUUAACGCACUUGCAAGAUUUCUCCCUUACAGGUGGAGCAGUGAUUGAAGAUAUUGCCAUUAUUCCCUUUGUUAAAACACACCCAAAUAUACGUGGACUAUUUUUGCUUGAAUGUGCUAUUACAGAUCAUACACUGGAUGCUAUUGCUACUCAUUUGCCCCUUUUGCAUAAUCUGGAUUUAUCUUUUUGCCGCAGAUUGACUGCUCAGGGUGUGCGUCGUUUGAUUAGUAAUUGCCAUAACCUGAGGUUACUUGGUUUGAAAGACUGUGGUAUGAUACAAAACAAUUUCCCUGAGAUCCCAAGCACUAUUUUUCCAGCUAUCACUGAAAAUUAUCCACACCUAAAUACCUUGAGCUAUGUGGAACUAGGUUAUAUUCGAGCAGCACAAGAAACAAACGAAGACAGUGAUACCGAAAUGGCAGAAAAUGAAACGCUUGUGAUGGACGAACAAGAAGAGAGUCUUAGCGAGACUUAUGGCUAUAUUCAACACUAUUUGAAUACAAAUUAAUGGGUAACAAUAAAGAUGUGCGACAACUAGCAAUGAACCAUAUUUUUAGCUUGUGAUGCCAUACAAAAAGUUCGUUUGUGCGCGUUUCUUUUUUUCUUAUUUUUCCCUUUUUUCUUCU